AUGCAUGUGCUUACCAAAAACCUGUCCUGCCCAUAUCAGCCGCCGCAACUAUAUUUCUCUUUAACAGGCGCAACGUCUCUGUGGAUUGAGCUAGGCGAACCAAACGACAUAGCGUCUGCUGCUGCACUUUUCGUUUACGGGCUGAUCCCUCAAAUUUUCGCUUAUGCCGCUAACUUUCCCGUACAAAAAUUCUUACAAGCACAAAGCAUGGUCAAACCAAGUGCGUACAUAGCACUGGCUACGCUUUUUGUGCACUUGUUCAUUACAUGGCUAGGAGUGUUCAAGUUCAACUGGGGCUUGUUAGGCGCAUCAUUAAUACUCAGUUUUUCUUGGUGGGUGAUUGUGUUGGCUCAGUUUGCUUACAUUGUAAUGAGCAAAAGGUGUAAGAAAACAUGGUCUGGUUUUAGCAUUCAGGCUUUUUUUGGUCUUUGGGGUUUCUUUAAAUUGUCAGCAGCAUCGGCUAUCAUGUUGUGUUUGGAGACUUGGUACUAUCAAGUUUUGGUGUUGAUUGCUGGGUUGCUUCCAAAUCCACAGAUUGCCUUGGAUUCUCUCUCUGUCUGCAUGACGAUAAGUGGAUGGGUUUAUAUGAUUUCAGUUGGAUUUAACGCUGCUGCUAGUGUGAGAGUGAGCAAUGAAUUAGGAGCUGGGCAUCCAAAAUCAGCAGCAUUUUCAGUUAUUGUAGUGACUUCAUCUUCUUUUAUAAUUGCCGUGAUCGCGGCCAUUAUUGUUUUGGUGUUCCGUGAUGUUAUUAGCUAUGGUUUCACUGAAGGUGAAGUUGUUGCUAAAGCAGUCUCUGAACUCACUCCCUACUUGGCUGUUACUCUCAUUCUCAACGGUGUUCAACCUGUUUUAUCUGGUGUGGCUGUCGGAUGUGGAUGGCAAGCUUUUGUGGCUUAUGUUAAUGUAGGAUGUUAUUACAUUGUUGGAGUUCCAUUGGGAGCCAUUCUUGGCUUUGUGUUUGACCUUGGUGCCAAGGGGAUAUGGUCAGGAAUGAUAGGAGGUACUUUCUUGCAGACAAUAAUUCUACUGUGGGUCACCUACAGAACUGAUUGGGAUAAAGAGGUGGAAAUUGCCAGAAAUAGGCUCAACGCAUGGGAUGAGAAGAAGGAGCCACUUUUGGACAAAUAGUGUUUGAUUUGUAUGUGUAGAGGAGUUGGUUUUUGUGCAUUUUUAUUUUUCUUGAAUAGUUGGGAUAUGUAACUCCAGAUUUAUCCGUGUGCUUACCAAAAACUUGUCCUGCCCAUAUCAGCCGCCGCAAUUAUAUUUCUCUUUAACAACGCAACGGCAAGCUGGUAACUAUCAUGGCAUGUCGAUGCUCCAUAGCGCCAUGUCGUUUAAACUCUUUUUUUUUUU